AGCAAAAGUGAUGACAUCAAGAUAAGACAUGGAUUUUCAUUGCAAGCUCAAUCCAAAUCCUGAUCUUCAUCAUUAUUAUAAUAUAUAAUCCAAAUGAUGAUCGGAAGAUACAAUGUGGCAGCGAUCUGACGGGCAGCGUUUCCGAGAGCGACUCGGCUUUUUGCUCCUCUGCUUUAUCGCAUUUUACUACGUCGUCCUCUUACUGAUCAACUUCAAGCCCGUACUGGAGCCUCUCUUGUGGGCAGUUGUCUUCGUAUGCGCGAUUGAUCCGUUGGUGUCGUUCGUUGAGGAUGGCAUUUUAUCGGUUCUGUCAGCAUGCAGCUUGGUCCGACGAGGACAUAAUCGCUGGACGAAGAAUACCAAAAGUUCCUGGAUUUGGAGCGUUGCUGGUCCUGGAAGUGGAACUACAAGUGCAAUACUAGAAAUAGAUAAAGUAUUAUGGUCAACAUUUAGUGAUGAGUGGAACUACAAGUGCUAUACUAGAAAUAGAUAAAGUAUUAUCAUUAUGGUCAAGAGCAUUUAGUUACUAAGUAUUAGUGUCCAUCAUUCUCGGCAUCUUGGUCCCCUUUUCCCUUGUAUUUUCGUGACAUACAAGGUAAAAGGGGUCAAGAUCAUCAGGGGGCCGAAUUGCAAUCUAGCAGACUCUAAAAGUAGAUGAAGGAAAACAAGGAUCCACGACGACCAGAGGACACUAUCGCUUCAGCCGUUCGCUCGCCAAAUACGCGUCGAUCAUAAUCGUGCUGACCUCGAUUGUCACGGUUGGAGUCGUAUUUUUCUUCUUCGUGUUGCAGUCAGCGAGGCGGAUUAUGGCUUCCCUAAUGUAAUCCAUCUCUAUGCAUAAGGGUCAUCUCUCAAGAACCGUAUCUACCAUGGUGCACCCAAAUGCCUCCAAGGAAAUGCUUUUAGACAUAUUGAUUAUUGAGGGAUCCCCACAGCACAGGGAUGAAUUGGAGUGAAGUCUAAGCGGAUGCGAGAGCAUUGGUCGGUCUACGAACAAGGAGCGGCGAACUUGCGCAAAGCACUUUCAGACUUUCAACAUUCUUUGGCAACGACCACUGGUGCUAGUGUCGAGACGAUCAAAAAUGAUGAUUUUCUUGCAUCAGCGACCUCAGUCUCGCCUGAUACUGAUAGUAGCCUCAGAAGUAGACCGUCUGCAACUGCAUCUACUGCAUCUAGUACUGCAUCUGAGCAAAGCCUUACCACAGGCGCAAGCAGUCUGCUUUCGACCAAAGCGUCAAAGCAAGCGGAGCAUCUGCAGCACUUCCUGGUGUUUCCGUUUUCUUACGCCCGUGGCUUGAUGCAGAGCAGUGGUGUAGAGAGCAUAAACUAUGACGCCGCUGCGCACGAGCUCUUAACUACGGUUCAAGACCUCCUAUACACGCUGCUCGGCACGUUGUUGAACAACGUGAGCUCAUUAUUGUUGGGAUUAGGCAUGACGACGCUGUACACACUUUUCUGGCUUUUAGGCCGACCAUUAGCGGGGGAUGAAGAUCAGUAUGUUGCUAGUAGUUCAACACCUUCUCCGACGAGAGUAGAUGGCUUGAUGGUGCGCCUCGGAGAUGGGGCCACGUCAGUAGUACGCAACGACUACGAUGAUCAAGAACAACAUAAUAGAAACGCGCAGGACCAUAAACACUGCUUCGUUUCUUUACCGGGACUAGACCAUGUCGUGAGUAAUCAGUAUCAUGGAAAUGAUAUGAAGGCCAUGGAACAAGGAACAAGUGAUCGACAACCUACGUCCGCACGACCCGAAGAUCCACCUACUACCUGUCGUGCCCCACGCACCCCACGCGAGAUGGAGACAUGGUCUACUGCUAGCACUUCUGCUAGUAGUUUCCUAUCAUCUCCUUCUGCCUGCUCCGACUCCGAGACCUCUGUCAUCGUGGCAACCAGCGCCGAAUGCAAAGAUGGAGGCGCUCCUGCGAGCGAGGAAAUAGAUUUUCUUCCUGUUGUUGUUGACAGAGACACUGACACUGUAAGCAGUAGAAGAUGUGCAGCUUCUGUAGCAGUGCCUAUGAGCGGAAAGCAUGAGAAGCGGCGUGAGCAUCUUCAAGAAGUACAAGUACUGGACGAGCCUCUUCUUGAACGAGUAGGAGCAUCUUGUCCAUCCAGCUCUAGCGUCUCUUUGCCAGAAAAGGAGCCACUGCUUCUUUCACGGAUAGAUCGAAACGCUUCUCCUGAAAUGACUGCGAAUUCCACGUCAGCAUCAUCCUCCUCAACAUCCACCUCGUCCUCUUCGAGAAACCAACAGCUUUUGCUGAUGCCUCAACUCCGCAAAACCUUCCGGCGCUAUCUGUUGCUGAAAUCCAUCUGCUGCUUCGGGUUUGGCCUUGCGGUUGGGAUUUGGCUCUCGGCCUUGGGAAUCGAUCUUGCAGCAGCUUUUGGUGCUAUCACCUUCGUGAUGAAUUACGUGCCUGAAAUCGGACCCUUCAUUAGCAUCCUUCUGCCGACGCCAAUCAUUCUGCUAGACUCAAGACUGGAAAGACCAUUGUUCACGCUGUUUUUGGCGGUAUUAAGGCUACCGCUGACGCAUCCUCAACACCAUCCUUGGCUUCUUUUUCAAGGGGAAAAGGGGGUCAGGGAUGGGCUCAAGGAUGCGACGCGGUCAGUCUAACGGUAGUGGGACAAGCAGGAUUGAAGUUCGCGUUUGCGAACGUUGUGGAAGUGAAGCUGAUCGAGAAUGACAGGAAAUUGCGGAUGCAUCCGGUCACGAUUCUUCUUAGCGUGGCUUUAUGGGGUCACGUUUGGGGACCGACGGGAAUGCUACUUUCUUAUGACAUCAAGUGGUCUCUUCUUAUCGUUAUUCUAUUAUUCUUUUCUGAAGCCUGCCUACGCCCUCUCUCGAAGAUCAUGGAUGUGCCAAUACAAGUGGCACCAUCUCCUGAUGCAUAGAUUUUAAAUUGGAGAGAAUGAUCUAAUACCCCGUCCCCCUGAUGGCGUUUCUGAAGAUCAGCCUGCUGUCUGACGUUGUCCCUGCCAGUUACCGAGACCCCGUGCUGAUGCUGCUAGAGGGAACUGCGAAACUGUGAGGAUUACGUCCUAUGUUGGUUACCAACCAACAUCAAAAAGACACCCUGACACCUUCCUUGCUAUCUGUUUCACCAUUCAAAAAAUGCACUUUGUCGAGGCCAUCAUGCUACAAUAGUCAAAUAUAUAAUGUAAGAAGACAAAAACAAUCUGAGGCCUGAGCCGCAGAGCCUCUAGUUAUCGUUACAGCAUAGUUGCUGCAGCCCCUUUUGGACGCAAGGAGUGUCAGCUCCGUAUAACCAUCAACAGAU